AUUCAAAUCAAAUAUUGAAUACUGAAAGCUGAAAGGGUUAGGAAAACUGGAAAAAUUGAAAAAUGUUCUUCUACUAAAUGGUUCACCUACUCUUUCAUCUCGUAUUCGUCUUCACUAAUAUCAUUAAUUCAUUUUCGAUUCAUUAUGUUUUGUGAAGGUUAUUCGAUUUAUUCAGAUAAAAGGUAUAUUUUUUGUAUUGCUAAAGUACCUUACGACACGUAGACAAUCGGCGUAAACAUAUUUGUUCAAUUUUUUAACCGAAAUCAUGCUACCCCUGUCCCAUAAAGAUAAUUUACAUAGGGGACUUGGUUCUCGUAUGAAAGAAAAAAUACAUGGGUGGAUAAGGUUAAUAUUUUCAGACAGAAAUUCUAGGAACUUAUUUUUGUUUUUAAUGCUCAAUCUGUCCUUUGCCUUUGUGGAAUUAUCUUAUGGAGUGUGGACCAACAGUUUAGGUUUAAUUUCCGAUUCUUUCCAUAUGUUUUUCGACUGUACAGGACUUUUAGCGGGUCUUGCUGCAUCUGUUAUCACUAAGUGGAAAGCCAAUGAUAAAUAUUCUUAUGGCUAUGUUAGAGCUGAAGUACUUGCUGGAUUUGUCAAUGGAUUAUUUUUGUUAUUUAUUUCAUUUUUCAUUAUGUCAGAAGCAGUUGAAAGAGCAAUUGAACCUCCCGAGGUGAAGCAUGAGAGGUUGCUCUUGGUAUCAGUUUUAGGAUUAAUAGUUAAUUUAGUUGGAAUAUAUGCUUUUCAACAUGGUCAUGGUCACUCACACGGAGGUUCUCAUGGUCAUUCCCAUGGGGGAUCCCAUGGUCAUUCUCACAAUUCACAUGGCCAUCAUUCACAUGAUCAUUUAUUGGAAAUUGAAACAACAGAAAACUCUCAAAUUAUGAAAGGGGUGUUUCUUCACAUCUUAGCUGAUACUUUGGGAAGUGUUGGAGUAAUUAUAUCAGCAAUAUUGAUGUAUAUGUUUGGAUGGAUGAUUGCUGACCCUAUUUGUUCAAUGUUUAUAGCUAUACUCAUUGCCCUAAGUGUUUUAUCCUUGAUUAAAGACUCUGUUAUGAUACUUAUGCAAAGACAGCCGUCCCCACUGGAUAAUGUUUUGCCUCAGUGUUAUCAAAAAGUUGUGAGUUUACCAGGUGUUUAUUCAAUACAAGAACCUCAUUUUUGGACGCUCUGUAGUGAAGUUUAUGUUGGGGGUGUUAAAUUAGAAGUAUCGAAAAAUGUUGAUCCAAAAUAUGUUACAUCCCAUACGCAGAUGAUUUUUGCUUCUGUUGGUGUCAGGCAUUUAUAUGUACAGUUAGAUUAUACCCCAAUGUGAUUUAGGGUGAUGUUAGAAAUAUGCUCACCUUCCAUGUGAAUGAUUGAAAAAUUUUUCUUAUUCUGAUGAAGAAUAUUACGGAUAUAUCAACAAAAUUGUAUAUAUAAUGAUUUGGAAGUAAAAAGUGCUCGUAGAAUGAUAAAAAAAAUAAUCUCAUACAUUUGCAUUUGUGCUUUUUUAAAUUGUGGAUAUUGAGUUUAAUAUAAAUGUGAGAAAAUACAAUUCGAAAAUACAUACAGAAAUGUUUCAUUUUUGGUCUGAAUUUGCAUCUCUUGAAGAAUAUUUCUCUAUCAAUUGGAAAUAAUCGAUUAUUCAACUCUGAGUAUUCUCAAAAUUGUUUGAAAGUAUUGCUUGUAUACCUCAGUUGUGUUCUUGCUUUAAUGUAUGAAAUUGAAUGGAAUUAUCUUUUAAUGACUUCAUUUCUGUAAAAUAUAUGAUCUCAUUGCUGGCAUAUAUUGAGAUAGUGAGGACUUUAAUGAAAUUUGCCAACAUAUAGAAAUUUUUGGACUCUCACUUUUUCAGUCCUGGGAUAUAUUGAUAGUUCGAUUGAUGGAAUUAAUUUUGAUCCCUAAAAAUUAUAUCAUGCUCUAGUGAAACUUUGGUAUGAUUUCAAGAUUAAUCUUUCCUCUUUCACUCAGGAUUCUGAGAGUUAUUUGAAGGAAAUGUAUGUGUGGAUUAUAAUUUUUUUUUUAGUAUUUUCGUUUUUUUUUUGACAUACAGUUUAUUGUAUAUAAUGAAAAGAUAAUAAAUUUAAUAUUUUUA